UUUCCAUCUGGGUACCAGCUCCCUUCAGCCUUGCAGGCGGUGGUGUGAGAGGCCAGCGGCAAGAAGAGACAGCUUGCUUGAAUUCAGCAGGUUUGUUUUUUGUACCGCUCCAGCCUAAAAUAAGUAGGAAAAAAGAGAUCGACCAGAUCCGUACCUGUGUCCUCCUUGCUUCCUAGAAAUAAUUGCAUUCCCAUAUUCGGCAGGAAGCCGCAAAGAAGGAAGAGAAGCAUACACAAGAUGAAACCCUGCCAAAAAAUGGAAGGAAACCUAGAAAAGGAGAAUGAGCCAAAGCCCGAGGAAGAGCCAAAGCCUGAGGAGAAGCCAGAGGAGGGGGAGGAACCAGAAGAGGAGGAAAAAUCAGAAGAAACUUUUCGGGAGAGGCUGAUUCAGUCUCUUCAGGAUUUUAAGGAGGAUAUACACAACAGGCAUCUGAGCAGUGAAGAUAUGUUUAGAGACGUGGAUGAGCUAGAUGAGAUCAGGAGAGUGAGAAACAAACUAAUAGUGAUGCGUUGGAAGGCCAAUCGAAGCCAUCCUUACCCCUAUUUAAUGUAGCUUGGCUUGGUUUCCUUUUUAUCUGCUGUUACCAUUGCAAUCUAGCUUUCUUUUGAUUAGCAUUUUCCUGCUAAGACCUUUGCCCAUCUUCCUGCGUUGAAUCUGUUGCUGUUAGUGGCUUUUAGCGAUCUCUCUUGUUGUCUGUAUCUUACUGUUGAUUGUAUUUGAACCAAUCUAUAAGUCUCUGGCUUUUAACCGAAGAGCUUUACUGAUUUGUAAAAAAAAAAAUACAAAAAUGAGCUUCUGAUGGGAAACAAAAUGAGAAAAGAUUACAAAAUAAUAAGGGAAUAUCAUAUUUUGAGAGACAGGAGUCCCUUUGUAUGUUACAUAUAUGCACAUAUAAACUUGUGAAAGAUGAAUGAUUUUUCUUCUGCUUAUUUGUAUUUGCCAUAUUCCUAAAAUAAACACGCAUUAUUCUUGCUAAAAAUAAUAAAGGUUUUAUAACUAAAAAGAAGCA